UACAGACACCAGCACUUUCUCUCCUCUCCCCGAGCCCGGUUGCAUCCCUUCCUCCUUCUACACUUCACUUGCUCACCAACCUCCUUUGUCUGGCGCGAGCAACUUUUCACUUUGGCUUUCCCACCCGACGAUAGGACGAGUGCACACCUCGUCUGCACACACACAAACACUCGCUCCCAGCGUCACUCUUCUCCCUCGGCCGGCCCUCGUCGACCGAGUCCUGCCGACCCGCGGGACUCGCCUCCUCGCCUCCUCGCCUGUCCCCCUGACCCCUGGCCUUUGUGCCGCUGCAUGCCAGCCCAUUCACACACAGACACACACCUGCACACAGACAGACAUACAGACCCCGGUGCCGGAUUGAUCGUUGCCCCCAUCGCCGACAGGAUUGGCCAUUUGCACAAGUGA